AUGAGCUCCUUUGACGCUUCUCAAGCGCCAAAUUUCAAACAAUUUCUCUACAAAAGUGAAUUGGAUUUUUGGAUAUUCGGUCUUAUUGGACAAAUUAACAGCUGCGGCCGGAGUUUUUGGAACAACUAUAUCUAUAAGCCAAUUGUUGGCCAUACUGCCCUUCAGCUUGGUUACGGUAUCAGGUUUGAGAGGGCCCUUGAUGAACUACUCAAGGCUUACAUUUUAAAAACCACGCCUGCAGCUAACCUGGCUGCAGCUGAACAGGCCCGGUGGGACACGUCGCCCGAGUUUCUAAAAACUCCACCUAUGGAUUCGGCGUCUGUACGGGAAGAAGCCAUGGGGGUCCUAUUUGAACCAGGAAAAAGAAUGGCUCGUAUAGAUCCUGAAAUCCUAGAGCCCGCUGACCUGGGGCGAGUGCUCUCAUUCUACCAACGUCUUAAUCAUGUUGGUUUGCGCAUAUCCCCAAGCCCUGAGCUUAACAUUGUAUUUGCGAUGACGCAAGCUAUCUCAGUAGGAGUUCCAGGUCCUAGUUAUUUCGCCGGGCUUACCAGCAGUGAAAUUGAAACCAAAAUACAAGCUACUGUUACUGAAGCUUCCAAGUGGGCCUCUGUAGUGGAGCAAUAUUUCUUUAACAACCCGGAUGGCACCUUUCACCGUGACCUUAUCUUAGCAGUGCUGAAUAACAACAAGGUUUCAGCAGCUGCUCGCGAAGAUCCUCAGAGUCAUGUUGAACUGUGA